CACCUUCCACCUUAAGCCCUUUUCACCCGUCCCCUGCACCGGCUGCUCGGGCCAUGGAGCCCACGGAGCCGCCGGACGCCGCGGAGCCGCCGCCGGAGCCGGCGGAGCCCGACGAGCACACAGACCCCGAGAGUCGCUCGGACUCGGAGCAGCGCGGAAGCCGCGCUGAAUGCCGCAGUCCCUCGCGGCGGCCGGCGGUGAAGCGGCGGCCGGGUCCGCCGAAGCGGGUGAAGGUGGAGACCAAGCAGGAGACGACCUCACCCACGGCGUCCGCUUCCGUGAAAUGCGAGAUCUUGGAGGUCUCGGAUGUCGAGGCGCAGCCAGCGCCGAAGGCUGCCCGCCCGAAGACCUUGCCCAAGCGAAAGCAGGAACCGGCCAAAGCGCCUAGCGCUGGAGGCGGCCGAAUGCUCAUUUCGGCUAUCGCUGCGUCCAUGAAGCCCAAGCCGAAGAAGCUGUUGACCGUGAAGAAGGAGAAGAAGAGCACUGCCCCGACUCCAGCCUCGCUAAAGCGUAUGAAAGAGAAUGCGCUGGCUCAGACCAGAGCACAGGAGGCGAAGCUUCAGUGGCGACGUGCAGCAGCGGCUGCGGCUACGCAGAAGAAAAGGACCUGGGAGGGGCUGUCGAAAGCACCGAAGCAAGGCGAACGACCAGCUGAAGCCUCAAGUGCCCCAGCUGCAGGCGGUGGUGCAAAGGCAGUAGUAAAGUGGCAUGCAGGUCCUUCUGUACCCGCGGCUUUUCAGCAUGGUGGAUGGCCGCAGAAGCAUCAGCAAGAAAAGCCGCAGCAUGAGACAGCCAGCUGGCAAGUGAAAUGGACGGAGAAGGAGCCGUGGAAGCACUCGACACACUCCUGGAGUUCCCGCUCCUGGGCGUCGAGAGAUGCGCGUCCGGCACUGCCCGCCCCCGCUCGGCAGCUGGAGCAGAUGAAAGAGAUUCUGCAGCUGGUGGCGGGCCAGCUCACGAACAAGUGGAGCUAUCAAAGCAGAGAGUUGAAGGAGGUAGAAGUCGGCGAUUUGCGCUUCAGCAGUGACACUGUCACCAGCACCUUCAGUGAUGGCUGGAGCAUCUACGACCUGGAGAAGGACGUGAACAACAGUCGAAAGUGCGCCGGUCUUGAUUGGUACGACAGGGACAGCUGGAUCCUCCAAAAGCUGGAGCCUCUCGUGGCCGUGCGCCACAAGGGUGCCACGGUGGUGGUGAAAGGCCAUCGGCGCCUCAAAGCGGCGGUGAUUCUCAAGCAGCAGCUGCGAGCGAAGCUCUAUGUGCGCUGCCGGGUCUUCAGCCUCGACGACGAGGCAGAGGAGACUCCUGCCACGGUGUUGGCGCUCUACGCGCUGAAUCCUCAGGCGAACCUCGACGUCUUGAUCAAAGGCAUUUGAGGCGUGAGCGGCUGCGGCGGCGUGAGCCCAUCCUAAUCGGGGAUGCGGCCACCAGGUGUUUCAUGCACAAAAGAACUUUGAAAAAAAA